AUGGCUGAAAACGCCGAGGGGGACCUGAACUCCAACCUGCUCCACGCCCCCUACCACACCGGGGACGCGCAGCUGGACACGGCCAUCGGGCAGUGGCUCCGCUGGGAUAAGAAUCCCAAAACAAAAGAGCAAAUUGAAAAUCUGUUACGAAAUGGAAUGAACAAGGAACUUCGGGAUCGUCUUUGUUGCCGAAUGACUUUUGGGACUGCAGGGCUUCGUUCUGCUAUGGGGGCAGGAUUUUGUUAUAUCAAUGACCUUACAGUAAUACAAUCAACACAGGGGAUGUACAAAUACCUGGAGAGAUGUUUCUCAGACUUCAAGCAGAGAGGCUUUGUCGUUGGGUAUGAUACCCGGGGGCAAGUAACCAGCAGCUGCAGCAGCCAGAGGCUUGCUAAACUUACUGCUGCAGUCUUACUGGCAAAAGAUGUUCCUGUGUACCUUUUUUCAAGAUACGUUCCUACACCUUUUGUACCAUAUGCAGUCCAGAAGCUCAAAGCAGUUGCAGGUGUGAUGAUUACAGCAUCUCACAACCGCAAAGAAGAUAACGGAUACAAGGUUUAUUGGGAAACAGGUGCUCAGAUCACAUCUCCUCAUGACAAGGAAAUUCUGAAAUGUAUAGAAGAAUGUGUGGAACCCUGGAAUGGUUCCUGGAAUGAUAAUUUAGUGGACACCAGCCCACUGAAGAAAGACCCUCUGCAGGACAUUUGUAGUAAAUACAUGGAAGACCUGAAAAAGAUCUGUUUUCACAGGGAAUUAAACUCAAAGACCACCUUGAAAUUUGUACAUUCAUCUUUUCAUGGGGUUGGACAUGACUAUGUGCAGAAGGCUUUUCAAGUGUUUGGUUUUAAGCCUCCGAUUCCAGUGCCAGAACAAAAAGAUCCUGACCCAGACUUUUCUACUGUUAAAUGUCCAAAUCCUGAAGAGGGGGAAUCCGUGCUGGAACUCUCGUUGAGGCUGGCAGAGAAAGAAGAUGCCCGGGUAGUGGUCGCCACAGACCCUGACGCAGACCGGCUGGCGGUGGCAGAGCUUCAGGAAAAUGGUCACUGGAAAGUUUUCUCAGGAAAUGAGUUGGCAGCUCUGUUUGGGUGGUGGAUGUUUGAUUGCUGGAAGAAAAGUAAAUCAGGAAAUGCUGAUGUGAAGAACAUUUAUAUGUUAGCCACCACAGUCUCUUCCAAAAUUUUGAAGGCAAUUGCACUUAAAGAAGGAUUUCACUUUGAAGAAACAUUGCCAGGUUUUAAAUGGAUUGGAAGUAGGAUAAAAGACCUCCUGGAAAGUGGGAAAGAAGUCCUUUUUGCAUUUGAAGAGUCCAUUGGUUUUCUAUGUGGAACUUCAGUUUUGGAUAAAGAUGGAGUGAGUGCAGCCGCUGUUGUUGCUGAGAUGGCAGCUUACCUGGAAACCACGAAUUUAACAUUGAAACAGCAACUGGUUAAGGUUUAUGAAAAGUAUGGUUAUCAUAUUUCAAAAACUUCAUAUUUCUUGUGUUAUGAUCCAAAUACCAUCAAACGUAUAUUUGAAAGGCUUCGCAAUUUUGAUUCUCCAAAAGAAUAUCCAAAAUUUUGUGGGACAUUUGCUAUAUUGCAUACUCGAGACGUUACCACUGGAUAUGACAGCAGCCAGCCUAAUAAGAAAUCAGUGUUGCCUGUGAGUAAAAACAGCCAGAUGAUCACAUUCACUUUUCAAAAUGGUUGUGUUGCUACGCUUCGGACCAGUGGGACAGAACCAAAGAUAAAGUAUUAUGCAGAGAUGUGCGCAUCACCUGACCAGAGUGACACUGCCUUACUAGAAGAGGAACUGAAGAAACUCAUUGACGCUUUGAUAGAGAAUUUUCUGGAGCCCAGCAAAAAUGGGCUGAUCUGGCGUUCUGUGUAG